AUGCCUCCAGAAUUAGCGCGUGCCCCAUCACAAGGAAGCAUCGUAUCCCAAACCACCCAACAGAUGGGUCCCCACAGUCGCCCGGGAACGGCAGACCCCAUGCGUGCUCGAUCGGAAACUCUUUCGCGAGCUGGUCGACGCCCUCGCUCCCGCGGGUCCACGGCGAGCAUCCAUUCCAGCACGACGCAGCAGACCCAGGAUCAACACCUCGAUGGGUUCCCCCAAUUCAUGCCCUCACAAAUGGCAGGGACCCAGAGCAUGUUCGGGGCCAACCCGGAAGACAUGCUCAUGCGCUUUGGACAUCAGCUGUCUCACCAACCCCCCGGCGCGUCGAUGGAUCCAACCGUUCGAGAUUCUCACUCUGUACCUUCCCGACCGGAUGAUUUUCCAAGCCAUGCAUUGCAUAGUCACAGCCUUUCUCAUCACUCGUUACCACCGGACAUGCAGCACAAUGGCGUGCCUGGUGUUCCAGUCCCCCAGUAUCAGCCCUUGUAUGACAGCGGGAUUGAGAAUCACAUACCGGAUCAUACGAUGGAUGAUCAGGAGGCUUCUGAGCCCGGGGGAAAGAAGAAAAGAGGAUCUAGCUCAACCCUUGCAAAUGAUAAUGAGCUACGAAAAUUGCUGCGUCAAUACGAAGGUUAUACUUUGAAACAGAUGGCCACCGAAGUCAUGAAGCAUGAAGGAGCUGGAGGAAAGGCAGAGAAAGUGAAGCAGGUAUUCGCCAUGAUCUGGUUGCGCGAGAACUGCCGUAAGAGCAAUGGAUCUGUCCGACGAGACCGAGUAUAUUGUUGCUACGCAGAGAAAUGUGGAACCGAGCGUGUGUCAGUUCUAAACCCGGCAUCAUUUGGAAAGUUGGUCCGCAUUAUUUUCCCAAAUGUUCAAACUCGACGUUUGGGUGUCCGUGGCGAGUCUAAAUACCACUAUGUGGAUCUGUCCGUCAUCGAAGAAAAGCAACAACGACCGGUGUCACUCAAUCCACAGGUGGCUCCCAACCCUCAAGUGACUGCCGGCGUCCCUGAAAGACCCGCAAGUGCAAUGCGCUCACGGAGGUACGAUGAUAUGUCCUCACUUCCUAUUACUGGCUCUAACGGGCUCUUGUUCAGCAUUAGUAUUCCCCAACCUACAGCAGAUACAGCGGUAUUCCCAUCGCCUACGACGUCCUUCGCUCCCAGAUUCCCCGUCAACUCUCCCGUGGUUGGCUGCAAUUGCCAAAUACAAGCCCCCUCUGGCCCGGAUGCCACGAUCACGACAGACAACGUGGCUCAACAGGCUGGAAAGAUGGUACAUCAGAUGCUUCAAUUCCCAACCGACGAAGUUCCUUCUAUUGAAAACGACAAUCUUACCCUCCCCGACAUCCGUGGUUACCUUCCUGCCAACACCGAUUCAAAAGUUGCAGAUGCCCUUGCCGCCCUCUACCGCUCUCACUGCAUUUCUGUCAUUGACAGCUUCCGAUUUUGCAAAGAACGAAAUCUUUUGAAAUACUUUUCUGCCUUUCAUGGCACAUUGACGGUUCCAGUACAGAAGCUGUUGACACACCCCAACCUUGCACCGUGGAUCAAGGAGUGCGAUUGGCUUAUGUAUCAAAAAAUGAUCGCUUUCGUAGCUCCGCUCACCACCCAAGUCGUCCCGAAGGUUGUGUUGGAUGCAUUUAGCUCAAUCUCCCAACGCCUGUGUGGCCAUAUUGCGGAAACUUUCAAGGCUCAACCGUCGCAUGUGUCUAUUGCUCGUUUGAUCCCUGCCCACAUAUUUUGCAAUCUUCUCAAGCACAUGCUCGAUGUGAAUCAGGCUGCAAAUGCCGCUGCAGCCUGGCUUUGCCACCCUGAUAAUCGGAACCAAAUGUGGUACGACUUCAAAACUUUGAUAAAUCCAAAGGAAAUGAUUUUGAAGGCCAAUAUCCCGACUUGCGCCGAGAAAGCUACUGAGCAGAUCCUGAAACAUGACAUUCGUGCACUUUUGACCCCACUCAGUGACGCGGACCAGCCUCCUGGCCUGCCGUUCUUCUCAAAACCUGAUCUGCCCGAGGAUAUGGAAUUUCGCCCGUUCCCUGUCGAGAAUGCCACGGGUGAAGACUACAACUUCCCAGACAAGUGGGUAUCAUUCAUCUUGAACUUGCCGGCGGCUUUCAGUCACCACCGCACCCAGUGUGUCAUCGAGAAAGUCGACGUUCUCUGGGACUCUAUUUUGCAUCGCCUGACCUUAGGCGGAGCUGCCAGCUUCAGUGCUUGGUGGAUGACCAAAGUGUUCUUCCAUGAGAUGAUGGUCUGGCAAGCCGAGAAGGGAGGAUUUAUGCGGCAUACCCCUAGCUCAUUACAAAACAUGACCUUUGGGUCCGAACAGACGGGGCUGGGAAACUUCACGCUGAAGCGGAAUGGUAUUCCUGAGCCUCCCACGUUCGAAAGAGCUAACGCUUCCCGCACCAAGCCCAACACCAGCCCAUCGAUCGACCGGGAUACAGAACGGGAACAAACUAUCGAUGAAGAGCCGGAUACCAAGCAUGUUCAUUCCGAGGUGGGGUUUCAAGCACCCAACAAUGAUGACAGCGCCAUAGACCUGGAAGAUGACCCAAUGCUGAUGGCUGUGGGUAAAUAUGGAGACAUGAUGGCCUCGGAUCCCGCAGACGCUGAGGGUGAUGUCGUUGUCAUCUAA